GAACACGAGUUGCACCUUUAUAUCGUGGAUUCCUCGCUCCGAGACUCAUCGUGUCUCCGCGAUACGCGGAAUUGUGACGUUCCGAGUGCCUCGUCGCUCCCGAGCCUUCGACUUGGCUCGCUCAACCGUGUGUUUUGUGUACAAAUGUGAAUUAUUUUGGCUCCUCGACUCAUCCAAGUUGGACCGCUUUGUCUGCCUUUUCAAACGGUUUAUUCCUUCCUCCCGGCAAGAUGAUUUGCGGCCAUGCCAUUUUUUUGCUGCCAUUUUUGACGUACUUGUUGAUUUCUUCAUCAACAGCGGUGCAGAUCGCUACCAAAGGCAGCCUGGAUGCUCCGAGUUUCGCGAACGGAGACAAACACCAGCCGAGCGACAAGAUUUCGACGUCGCUCAGGCGCGAGGACGAUUUCCUGACGAACGAAACCGGCAAAAUCCGCGACGUUCUCACGGUCGCCAUGAAAGUCCCCGAGAAGCGGGAACAAAUCGGCCAAGUCCUGCCCAUCAUUCGAAACAUGUCCGGGCCCCAAAAACUCGCUUUAGCGAGCCUCGUCUCCUCGAGAAUAUCGAGCAACGAAUCCCUGACGCUGCCCUACGACGAGGCUCACUCGUUCCUCGGUGGUGGCGACGCUCGUACGAACGCGACCCGAGAACUCAUGUUACCGAUCAGCAUGGACAUCGCGAAAAUCCUGACGGAGGAAGAAAACCUGGAGGAACUGCCCGAGGAAUUGCCAGAGGCGCAGGAACUCCGGCUCCUCGUGAGACCCGGGAGGGGUCGACGUCCUUACUUUCGACCCCCGCCGCCACCACGGACUUCUUCCGGCUUUAAUCGGCGUAAUGUUUAUUCCGCGGAGGGAUCCCGGGUUUCGACGAAGCGACCGGGACGGAGACCGACGAAAAGCGCGACGAGGGAAGAACCGUCGGGCGACGAGUGCACUUUUUUCUCGAAAACCGUCUGCCUCGAGGUCGCCAACUAUCCUCAUGAAGCUAUCAUGAGAAGCAUCAGAGGAAACAAGGAGAUGGUCGCCGCCCUAUUGACGGAUUACAAAUCCGAGGACGAUCCCGAGAACCUGAGGAAUCGUCCAUCAGCACUGCCACUGGAGAACCGAUUCGAAAACAACGAAAUUCGGAGGCGAUCCGAUUAUCCUUCCCCGUUCGACAACGUCGAGGAAGGCUUCACCUGCCCCUCCAACGUCAUGUACGCUCGUCCUCAAUUGGCCAGAGCCGUUUCCGGUAUCUGGAAAUACAUCAUCAAUACAGGAGAACACACGCAAACGUUACGCCUGGAAAAAUGCUCGAAACCAAAAGCGAGCUGCUCCUUCAUAUCCGAAAAUUACCGAUCGUCGUGCAUCCAAGUGUACAACUAUCAUCGACUGCUCACGUGGGAGGCCUCGCUCGGUCUUCACAUGGACAUUUUCAAAGUGCCAACUUGUUGCAGCUGCCACGUGCACGGUUACGCAGAACUUUUUCCACCGAUUCAGAAAGACCCGCGACCCUCCCACCACGAGAGCUUCCCUGGAGCGGAAUUCGCCACGGAGGAUGAGGCCUCGAACCCUCCCGAAUAUUCCGAAAGACCCUCGAGCUACCUGACGAAGUUCAAGCCUUCGUCGUUGGACACGAAUUUCCUUUCGAGCUCGAAGAAGCCACUGGCCGAUGCUGGAACAGCGAACCGGCCGAGCUACGCUCUACCCGGAAGAAGGAAGAAACCAACCUCGCCUCCGAGACCGUUCGACAAACUCCCACAACAGCACGCCCCUAACACUCGAGCUCCUGGCUACAAAGGCCCGAUUAUUAAAAGCAAGCGACCAGCGAGACCGAGCAGACCUUACCGGAGAGAAUCGAGCGCGGAUCUCGACGAUAAUGCGUCAAGCUCCAUCGAGUCCAGCACCGGCAACCUCAGUAAUUGGUCCAGCCAGCUGUACGACCAAGACAUGGACGCCUCGACGAGGCUGCACAACGGAGGUUUCGACGAGGAGUACCAGGAGCCAAACCGACGUGUAAAUUACAAUUAUCAUCCGAUCAUAGAUUUCUUCAAGCCGGAAGCAUCGAUGCUGCAAUCCCCCGAGCCACAGUUGGCGACCCAGAGCUCAACGCCCGAGCAGCAGGCAAAUUCAGACUCUUGGAAACCGAUGAUAGCCACUUAGUAGCUUAGAGUAGAUUUUUCAAAGUACCUGAGACAACGUUUAUCUUGUUUGUUUUUUUACUUUUUUAUUUCUUUUGUAAAAAGUAAGGGAAAGCUGGCACGAGUGGAGGAUAUUUCUGAGCUUAAUUUAUUGGCACAUUCAUUCGACUGUUGUUCGUAGCUCGAGGGAGCUGCGGGAAUGCGAAUUGUACAAAUAUCAAUUUUUCGAUAAAUUAUUUAACCUAUUUAUAGUGUUAGUUGUAAGCUAUUUUCGUUUUUUAUUUACUCCCGUAUUUUUACAUGUAUUUUCACUCGGCCCAUCGAUCCGGUUUUUAUUUAUUAAACUCGCUCGAAAUAAUUUUCGAUGCUGCAAGAAAUAAAG